UUGGGGCCGCUGGUUAAAGAGACGCAGGCAGGCAAGGCGGGCGCAGUGUAAGGCAGUAGCUGGGUGGCGGGCAGAAAGGAAGCCCACGUGUCUCCCCCUAAAGUGGGACCUGGAGCGCCCACUUCUUUUUCCCAACGCAGAACCGCCCCUCCCAAAACUCCCUUCUGUUCUCAACCCCCAAGGUUGUAUCAAUCGAGGGUCCUCCCCCUAUAUCCCCGAUCACGAACCCUCUGCUACUCUAGGAUCCAAAAGCGGACCAACUUGGCGGAGAAACUUUGCACUGGGAGAGGCGCUCGGAGAGGCAAAAAGGGGAAACUGCGCAUGCGGAGCUCCAAAUUCAAACAGCUGUUUCUAGAGGCUGCUAGGGAGGGCGGUGGGGAGCCCUCGGAGUUGGGGGGCCAUUUGCCCCCGGCACUGCCCACCCCUACCCUGGAGCAGGCUGGGAGCGGCCGGCCCCCUCCAGAGCCAUGGUGGACCGGGGACCUCUGCUAACAUCGGCCAUCAUCUUCUACCUGUCCAUCGGGGCGGCAAUUUUCGAGGUGCUGGAGGAGCCGCACUGGAAGGCCGCCAAGGAUAACUACAAUAGGCAAAAGCUUAAGCUUCUCCAAGAGUACCCGUACCUGGGACAGGAGGGCCUGGACAAGAUCCUACAGGUAGUAUCGGAUGCUACUGGACAAGGCGUGGCUAUUACUGGGAACCAAACCUUCAAUAACUGGAACUGGCCAAAUGCUGUCAUUUUUGCUGCCACAGUCAUCACCACCAUCGGUUAUGGAAAUGUGGCUCCUAAAACCCCUGCUGGACGCCUCUUCUGUAUAUUCUAUGGUCUCUUUGGGGUUCCCCUCUGCUUGACCUGGAUCAAUGCCCUGGGGAAGUUCUUCGGGGGACGAGCUAAGAGAUUGGGGCAGUUCCUUACCAAGAGGGGUGUGAGCCUGAGGAAAGCUCAGAUAACCUGUACGGCUAUCUUCAUCAUUUGGGGGGUGCUCGUACACCUGGUGAUCCCACCUUUUGUGUUCAUGGUGACAGAGGACUGGGACUAUAUUGAAGGCCUCUACUAUUCCUUUAUUACUAUCUCCACCAUUGGCUUUGGCGACUAUGUGGCUGGAGUCAAUCCAGAUGCCAACUAUCAUCCCCUCUAUCGAUACUUUGUAGAGCUGUGGAUCUACCUAGGGCUAGCCUGGCUGUCCCUGUUUGUGAACUGGAAGGUGAGCAUGUUUGUGGAAGUCCACAAAGCCAUCAAGAAACGUCGGCGGAGGCGGAAAGAGUCCUUUGAAAGCUCCCCCCACUCCAAGAAAGGGCUGCAGAUGGCAUCCAGCGGAGGCGUCAAGGAUGUUAAUAUUUUCAGCUUCUUGUCCAAGAAGGAGGAGACCUACAAUGAUCUUAUCAAGCAAAUUGGGAAGAAGGGUCUGAAGACAAGUGGGGGAAGUGGAGAGAGAGCCAUAGGACCCGAGAGGGGAAGGCCUGCCCUCCCAGCUGCUCCUGUGGGUCCCCUAGCAAUCUAUACCAAAACCCGUGUGCCCAGCUAUGAGGAGGUGUCUCAGACGCUGAGGCUGAAGGGCCACAUAUCGAGGCCCCAGGUUGCGGAGAUUGGGGAGGGACCCCCCAGUGACAACAUCAACAGCCCCUCCACGGUGUUUGUCAACCAGCUGGACCGGAUCAGUGAGGAGGAAGGGGAAGCCUGGGAUGCCCGGGACUGCCACCCACUGAUCUUUGAGAAUGCCAACAUCACCUUUGUGAACGAGGAAGGAGGACUUUCAGAUGAGGAUACCUCUAAAUCCUCCCUGGAUGACAACUUAGCUGGGGAGGAAGAGGAGGAACAGGAAGAGGGGGAGGGACCUGAGGCAGAGAGGCCACUAAAUCUGGGAGAAUUCCCAUCUUCAGAUGAUUCCACUUUUACCAGCACAGAAUCUGAACUCUCUGUGCCUUAUGAACAGUUGAUGAACGAAUAUAAUAAAAUCAACAGUCCCAGAGGCACGUGAAGGCCCCCUUCUCCACCCCUUGCCCUGUCCCACAAAUCAUGUGGCCUUUUCUUUCCCCUUACCUCCCCUUCAGGGUAUCACCUAUGAUGGCUGAAAUUCCUGGACCCUUGGCCUGGGAGAAAAAGAGAGACCCUCGUGUUCCCAUCUCCCCUGGCCAGAUGCCAUUAACCACCCAUACUUCCCAGCUGCCUGUACUUCAGGAUGACUGUGUUUCCACAUGAUCCCUUGGUAAUGUGGCUGAACAGAGAUGAUCAUGAAAUUGGGAGAGAUUUGGUUGCUGAAAGGUGGCUUUUGUUUUUUGUUUUGUUUUGUUUUAAAUGACACUUGUAAUUUUGACAGAGUAAAGAUGAUACUGGGGCCGUGGAUGGUCAAACCUAUAAAAAAGCACAAAUUUUGGGUGUUGACAGGAUCUCCUGUCCCGGGAGCAUCUGUAUAGAGAAAGCUUGAUUCAGCACAUAUUAACUAAAAUUUUAGUAUGUUAUCUAGCAACAGGACUCAAGUCUGAAAGGCAGUGCACUGUUCUUGUCCUCAAGACAAUUUAUGAUCAUUUUGGGGGUUCUAGUGAACACACAUAAGACAGUUAAUGGGACAAGAUAGUGUGUAAGCAAGUGUGGGAGUGAGGUUUACAAGAAUGCCAGAGAAACAGACCCUAUAUCUGUUCCGAGCUGCUUUUUCCCAACCUCCUCUUUUUCACAUACCCUUAUGUUCUAAUGCAGGGAUUUUUGUUCAUCAUGGAUCCCUUGCACAGUCUAUAUCCCUUUUUUCAGAUUUAUCUUUUUAAAUGCAUAAAAUAAAAUAUGUAAGAUUGCAAUGGAAGCCAAUUACAAUAUUGACAUCUAUAUGAAAUAUAUAUGGACCUCAUGUUCUAAUAUUCUAAUUCUAAUUAUGUCCCAUAAAUUCUAUUCUAGGGAGAAAAGGGCUGUGAGGGUUUUGAGUAGAUGAAAGUCAGCUUCCAUACAGAAUACAAACCGAAACACUCCCAAUGGUAACCAGACCCAUCCUAUGCACCCCACAGCCUCUGUUGCCCUUUCUUGAUGAAUGAGUGUCCCUUUAUGGAGUCACUGACGGUGGGAGUGUGCCAAUGAGGGUCAUCACAAUUUGCCCUGUUCUAAAUUACUUACCAUUUCUGGAAGAAGCAGAUGGAGCAAGAUAAGAUAGAAGACAGCGUGGAGCAGCAGGAUGUAGGCUGAAUCUGGAGCCGGUGUUUGCCAUUUACCUAGCUGGUAUUUCCCUUCCAAACUCAUUUUUUCAUCAUCUAUCUAAUGGGAUUAAGUCCUAACAGCCCUUCCAGCCUGUGGAUCCCAAGUGUGUUCCUUGUGGUUCUGCCUUUGCUCACUUAUUUUAGCUCCUCUCCUGUGCUCUUCUCCCCCAAUCCCAGGAGGCAAUGAUCAGGAGAGACAGUGUCUCCCCUUGAAUCUUGCUCCUUCUGUCUUGGACCCUUCUCAUGGGCUGAGUGGCAAAGGUUAAGGCUAUGUUCCAUCCCCAGGGACUUGAGUGUGAGCCUCAUUGGUUGGAGAAGACUGGGACCUAUUUCAAUAUCCCUUCCUGUUUGAGAGAUCUGCUCUGGUGGAAGAGAACCACCUUGGAUAAAAGCUUUGUAUGUGUGUAAUAUACUCCAAAGCUUUUCCUUCCCUCCCCUUGGCUACCCUGGAGAAAAAGCUAGUCGGUUGUGCGCCAGGAGCUCGAUGGGCUGGGUAGGCUAAAACUCUUGAAUAUGGGGAUUCCACCUCACCCAUUUCCUGGGAUUAAUGUAGUCUCUCACAAUACACUCCAAGUGCCCUCUGGAAUUUUUUACCUCCCUUAACAGACUGUUAUCACCCAUUUCCCCACCUUCUCUGUAAUCCCCCUUUUCUCUCAAAUCCCUAAUUAAUCCAAGCUUGCCUUCCUUCGGGCAUUCAUUUCCCUAGAACAAAGACUGACACCGCACCCUAUGGCCUGCCUUUGGUGAAGGAGAAGUGCUCGCAAUCUACUCUUGGCUUCUUGGGAAGCAGUAAAGUGCAUAUUAAUAGGCCUAGGAGGAGUGUGCCUCCUACUACUUACCCCUGGAAUCCCCAGCAGCUGUUUUGUUUUUUAAGGGAGGAUGGGGAAACCAGAGCAGAAAAUAAAAUUGUGAAAAAAACUAUUCCCCCUUUUUUUCUGACAGGGGCUGGGUGGAGGGAGGAGAAUGUGGGGCUAGACACUAUCUGUGCAAUGUCUCCCUGGGGCAGACCUGUUCUGUUUUCUAUGGAUAUUUUUUGUUUUUAUUUUUUAUUAUUUUGAAAUUUUUAAAAAAUAUAUAUAUAUCAAGAGUCUGUGAUUGGCUACUGAUGGUGUCUUAAAUACAAAAGUAAAAGGAAGGUUUGAAGAGGCAAUGAGUCUUACACUAUCUCAGAUGGAAAGGGGUGGAGAGACAACUCCCACCCCGCUCCUUUCCCCGUGGCUCAGGGCCUCAGCCAGUAUCACAUGUUAGGAGAUCAAAUAGCACUUUUAUAGAGCCAUCUUGGCCACUUCGGUUUUAGGUUUUAUCUUCCUCCCCCUGGUUACCUUCCAGGGCUAACUUUUAAUUCUUAAAUGCAUUUGAAACUGUGGUUGAUCCAAUUUCCCACAGGUCACCACCAGCAGAUGCUAUAAACCAGAGGAGCUUUGAUUGAACACUCUGAGUGUUCCCCGGGGCUCAUCUGUGGUGAGAGGCAGUGUCUUGUAGUAGAAAAGGAGAAGCUGAAAACUUGCAUUCAAAUCCCUCCCCUCACCACUCAGUGUUUCUGUGUGAUCCCGGGCAAGAUUCUGAAACUCAAGUUGAUCUGUAAAAUGAGGUUCUAAUAGUAGCACUACCCAUCUCACAGGGUUGUUGUGAGGAAUGUGAUUUUUGUAAAUCUGAAAACACUAUAGAAAUGUGAACCAUCUUGGGGGUGCAUGGACCAGAAGCUCCUCUGUUUUGUGGAGCCUCAAAUGCCAACCCUACACCCACCCUCACCUCCAAGUGUUUGGAUGACAAGGAUCAUCUUCAUUUUUUCGUUUGAUUGAUAUUCAUGACAUUUACUUCUUUCUAUGAUCCCACCUUGCCUAUCACUGACUGUCCUGGAAUCGUACACACUGUAUGUAAAUAUUGGCAGAGUCAAUGUCAAGUGUAAUUUAUUUUAACAUUUUUGCAAUAAAAAAUGAGAUGAACAAUUAA